AUGCCGGCCUCUGUCGCGCGGCCCCGCCCGGGUCCCGGGCCGUCUCCCGCCUCGCCCUUUCCGCUGCUGCUGCUGGUGAUGUUGAGCGGCCGGGUGUCCGGCCGCGUCCCGCGCUCGGUACCCAGGACGUCGCUUCCCAUCUCCGAGGCAGACUCCUAUCUCACCCGGUUCGCUGUCCCUCAGACAUACAAUUACUCUGUUCUCCUUGUGGAUCCUGCUUCCUACAGACUUUAUGUUGGCGCCCGGGACACGAUCUUCGCUUUAUCCCUGCCCUUCUCGGGGGAGAGACCUCGCAGGAUUGACUGGAUGGUUCCUGAGGUUCACAGACAGAACUGUAGGAAGAAAGGCAAGAAAGAGGACGAAUGUCACAAUUUUGUCCAGAUUAUCGCCAUUGCCAAUGCCUCUCACCUCCUCACUUGUGGCACCUUCGCUUUUGAUCCGAAGUGCGGGGUUAUUGAUGUGUCCAGUUUCAAGCAGGUUGAAAGACUUGAAAGUGGCCGGGGGAAAUGUCCUUUUGAGCCAGCUCAGCGUUCAGCAGCUAUAAUGGCUGGGGGGGUCCUCUAUGCUGCCACUGUGAAAAACUACCUGGGGACGGAGCCAAUUAUCACCCGGGCUGUGGGUCGUGCUGAGGACUGGAUUCGGACAGAGACCUUGUCAUCCUGGCUUAACGCCCCAGCCUUUGUUGCAGCCGUGGCCUUGAGCCCAACUGAAUGGGGAGAUGAAGAUGGAGACGAUGAAAUCUACUUCUUCUUUACGGAGACUUCCCGAGCAUUUGACUCAUAUGAGCGCAUUAAGGUCCCGCGGGUGGCCCGUGUAUGUGCGGGGGACCUCGGGGGCCGGAAGACUCUCCAACAGAGGUGGACAACGUUUUUGAAGGCUGACCUGCUGUGUCCAGGGCCUGAGCAUGGCCGGGCCUCUGGUGUCCUGCAGGACAUGGCUGUGCUUCGACCUGAGCCUGGAGUGGGGACCCCUAUCUUUUAUGGCAUCUUUUCCUCCCAGUGGGAGGGGGCUGCCAUCUCUGCUGUCUGUGCCUUCCGACCACAAGACAUUCGGAUGGUGCUGAAUGGUCCCUUCAGAGAGCUAAAACAUGACUGCAACAGGGGACUGCCUGUCACGGACAAUGAUGUGCCGCAGCCUAGACCUGGAGAGUGCAUCACUAAUAACAUGAAGCUCCGGCAGUUUGGCUCGUCUCUCUCCCUGCCUGAUCGUGUGCUCACCUUCAUCCGGGACCACCCACUCAUGGACAGGCCAGUGUUUCCAGUUGAUGGCCACCCCCUGCUGGUCACCAUGGAUACAUCCUAUCUCAGAGUCGUGGCACACAGGGUGACCAGCCUCUCAGGGAAAGAGUAUGAUGUGCUCUACUUGGGGACAGAGGAUGGACACCUUCAUCGAGCAGUACGGAUUGGAGCCCAGCUCAGUGUCCUCGAGGAUCUGGCCUUGUUCCCAGAGCCACAGCCAGUUGAGAACAUGAAAUUAUACCAAGGCUGGCUCCUGAUUGGCUCUCGUACCGAGGUGACCCAAGUGAACACAACCAACUGUCACCGUCUCCUGAGCUGCUCAGAGUGCAUCCUGGCCCAAGAUCCUGUCUGUGCCUGGAGCUUCCAGCUGGAUGAGUGUGUGGCCCAUGCUGGGGAGCACCGAGGGCUGGUCCAAGACAUAGAGUCAGCAGAUGUCUCUUCUCUAUGUCCCAAAGAGCCUGGAGAACACCCAGUAGUGUUUGAAGUUCCUGUGGCUACAGCUGCACAUGUGGUCUUGCCAUGUUCCCCAAGCUCAGCAUGGGCAUCCUGUGUAUGGCACCAACCUGGUGGAGUGACUGCCCUCACCCCCCGGCGGGAUGGGCUAGAGGUGGUGGUGACCCCAGGGGCCAUGGGCGCUUAUGCCUGUGAAUGUCAGGAGGGUGGGGCAGCCCGUGUGGUGGCAGCUUACAGCUUGGUGUGGGGCAGCCAGCAGGGCCCCUCAAGCCGGGCCCACACAGUGGGGGCUGGACUGGCUGGCUUCUUCCUAGGGGUUCUUGCAGCAUCCCUUACUCUCCUCUUGAUUGGUCGGCAUCAGCAGCAACGGCGACAGAGGGAACUUCUGGCUAGAGACAAGGUGGGCUUGGACCUGGGGGCCCCACCAUCUGGAACCACAAGCUACAGCCAAGACCCUCCCUCCCCCUCUCCUGAAGAUGAGCGGCUUCCCCUGGCCCUGGCCAAGAGGGGCAGUGGCUUUGGUGGCUUCCCUCCACCCUUCCUGCUUGAUCCUUGCCCAAGUCCAGCCCACAUUCGGCUAACUGGGGCUCCUAUAGCCACAUGUGAUGAAACGUCCAUCUAG